AAAAUCCACAUCCCUUUUUUUUUAGAUUUUUAUUUUCUCUUUCUCUCUCUUUUCCCUUUUCUUCAUACACUUCCUUUCUUCUAAAAAGCCACUCAUUUGCUAUCUUUCUCUCUCUCUCUCUGGAGCUGAAGAACAGAGAAAAAAGGGUUUUGUUAUCUGACCAAAGGACCCAUUUCAAUAAAGCUUUCUUUGGUGAGGAAAAAAGUCUGAAGCUUUGAAUAGAAAGUGGCACAGAUUCUGAAUUAAUGGGUGGAUUGUGCAUCUUUAAAGACCAAAGUGGUUGUGUUUGUGUGGGAACUUCUUUUGUUUUGUAGCUGUCUGAACUUGAUCCUGAAGUUUUGGGGGUUUAGUUAGUGUCUGUUUUUUUUUCUGAACUGUUAGAAGAGAUGGAUGUAAGUGAGAAAGAUGAGUUGAGGAAUGGUGAUACUACUGUGAACUAUGAUGAUUCAGCUAAUAACCAGCCUGCAGAUUGGAGAGUCUCUGGUUCUAAUCCGGUCUCUGAUUCAUAUCCUACAGAGAAUAAUCUGAUCUCGUCUUGCUCUCCAUCUCAGAUGAUGGAUUCAUUUGGGCAAACUCUUUGGUAUGAUCCAACAAAUGUUCAAGCUGUGGGUGGUUAUGGUGGUUUCAACGGUGGUAAUAACGCCUCUUCUUCUUCGAGUUCCUUUAGGGGUAUUGAUAGAUCUGUUGAAAUGAGUUGGAAUCUGCCUAACUUGUUGCCUCCCAAAGGCAACGGGAUGUUCUUGCCAAACGCUGGAAGCUUCCUGCCGCCGAGUAUGGCUCAGUUCCCUGCUGAUUCAGGGUUCAUAGAGCGUGCGGCGAGGUUUUCGCUGUUCAGCGGUGGGAGUUUUAGUGAGAUGAUGAAUCAGCAGCAGCAACCACUUGGGAAUCCGGAGUCGAUUGGUUUGUUUCUUCAAGGGCAGUGUCCAAGUAAUGAAGUGAAUGUUGGUGUAGCUCACAAUGAUGCUAUGAAAGAGACUAAUGUUAGAGCUAGUGAACAAGGUAAUAAACAGAAUGUUCCUGGUUCUGGCAAUGUGUCUGAGGAUACUCAGUCUAGUGGUGGUAAUGGUCAGAAAGGUGGGGAGACUUCUUCUAAAGGUUUUGACUCAAAGAAGAGAAAAAGAAAUAGUCAGAAUCCUGAAGCAGAUCAGUCACACAAAUCUCAGCAAUCUGAGGAAGAAGCAGACAACAAUGGUGGUGGUGGUGAUAAAAAGAGAAAUGAUGAGCAGAGUCCAAAUUCACAGGGGAACAAAACAAACAGUGGGAAACAACAACAGGGCAAACAAGCGUCUGAUCCUAAAGAUGGAUAUAUUCAUGUGAGGGCUCGUAGAGGCCAGGCUACAAAUAGCCACAGUCUUGCAGAAAGAGUCAGGAGGGAAAAAAUCAGUGAAAGGAUGAAGUUUCUUCAGGAUCUUGUACCCGGAUGCAACAAGGUGACUGGAAAGGCUGUUAUGCUUGAUGAAAUCAUAAACUAUGUGCAAUCUCUACAACGCCAAGUUGAGUUCUUAUCGAUGAAACUAGCAACUGUGAACCCACAAAUGGACUUUAACCUUGAAGGUCUUCUUGCCAAAGAUGCACUUCAACUACGAGCUGGUACUUCAUCUGCAACACCAUUUCCCCCAAGUAUGCCGAUGGUUUAUCCUCCUCUACCACAUGGAUUCAUGCAACAGACCCUUUCAAGCAUGGGAAGGAACAUUAGCUCUCCAUUGUCUCCCCCAAUAAAUGGUGGUUACAAGCGACAGGAAACAAAUGGAUGGGAAGGUGAUCUUCAAAAUGUGAUACAGAUUAACUAUGGAGCUGGUGAUGUCCCACCUGACUCUCAAGCAGCAGCAACAGAGGCAUCUCAUCCAUCUUCAAACAUGAAGGUUGAGCCGUGAGAUUUCCUUCCUGUUAGAUAGAAUGUUAUAUUCUUGUAAUCUUUCUUUCCUCUCUUCAGUUUACUGUGUACUAUAUGAUAAUGAUUGUAUUAACGAAUACUACUACUACUACUAAUAAGGAUAUAAGAUUAGGUAAAAUUUGUGAACACCACAAGUCUAAACAGUUUCAAAUAUGUUAU